ACAUGAUUUCUUCUGGUAUGGCAAUGGUAUAUACUUUUAAUUAUGUUGUAAACUGAUUGAAACUAUAUAUUAGGUAAGUAUUGAAAAGAUGGAAAUGGGUGAAGAGGUAUACACAUUAGAUGGAGCUGUGGAUCGACAUGGUCGACCUGCUAUUAGAGCCAGAACUGGAACUUGGGUUUCUGUAAUUCUACUCUUGGUUAACCAAGGGUUGGCAACGUUGGCAUUCUUUGGAGUCGGGGUGAACCUGGUGCUAUUUUUAACGAGGGUGCUCGGCCAAGACAAUGCAGCCGCCGCUGCAAACGACGUCAGCAAAUGGCUUGGGACGGUCUACGUUUUCUCUCUCCUCGGUGCCUUCCUUAGUGACUCUUACUGGGGAAGGUACAAGACUUGUGCCAUAUUCCAAGCUAUCUUUGUUGUUGGAUUGGUAUUGUUAUCGGUUUCAUCCUCUGUGUUCUUACUCAAACCCCGCGGCUGCGGUGAUGAACGAACUCCGUGCGGAUCUCACUCCACUUUCCAUAUCGUCUUCUUCUACUUAUCGGUAUACCUUGUAGCCCUAGGAAAUGGAGGUUACCAGCCGAACAUAGCCACCUUCGGGGCUGAUCAGUUUGAUGAGGAACACCCUAAAGAAGGGAAAUCAAAAGUAGCCUUCUUUAGCUACUUCUAUUUGGCUUUGAACCUUGGAUCACUCUUUUCAGAUACUGUUUUGGGCUACUUUGAGGAUCAGGGCAUGUGGCCACUUGGAUUUUGGGCAUCCACUGCCUCUGCCUUUUUGGCACUAGUCCUCUUUCUGAUUGGGACACCCAGGUAUAGACACUUCGAACCCAAGGGCAACCCUCUCUCGAGGUUUUGCCAAGUAUUGGUUGCUGCAACAGGAAAAUGGAAGGCUAAGACGAAUCAAGGAGAAGAGAAUUUGUUUGAAGGGGAUAAAAUGGAAUCUGCCUUGAAUGGUGACAGAAAGAUACUCCAUACAGAUGGUUUCAGAUUUUUGGAUAAAGCAGCAAUUAUGACACCCAAAGAUCACUCCUCCAAGCAAGAUAAAAACUUUUACGGUCGCAAUCCAUGGCGUCUCUGCACAGUAACACAAGUUGAAGAAGUGAAAUGCAUACUGAAACUCCUCCCAAUUUGGCUAUGCACCAUACUUUACUCCGUCGUCUUCACUCAAAUGGCAUCUCUCUUCGUCGAACAAGGCACCGCCAUGAAAACCAACAUUUCCGAUUUCAACAUCCCGGCGGCUGGCAUGUCUAGCUUCGACAUACUCAGCGUGGCGAUGUUCAUUUUCCUUUACAGGUUUGCUCUUGACCCCAUUGUUGCAAAAAUAAAGUCUGAACCAAAGGGUCUCACCGAGCUUCAAAGAAUGGGGAUCGGCCUUGUUAUAGCUAUACUAGCAAUGGUCGCAGCUGGUGUAGUGGAAGUGUGGAGAUUGAAUGACGCAAAAAAAGACUGCCCCAACUGUGUAAACGCAAGCUCUUUGAGCAUAUUCUGGCAAAUCCCACAGUACAUGCUGAUCGGAGCAUCGGAGGUGUUCAUGUACGUCGGUCAAUUGGAGUUCUUUAACGGACAAGCACCGGAUGGUUUAAAGAGCUUUGGGAGUGCACUUUGCAUGACAUCAAUAUCACUUGGAAAUUACGUAAGUGAUUUGCUGGUGACAAUCGUUAUGAAAGUAUCGAGAAAAGAUGAUCUGCCUGGAUGGAUCCCUAGCAACCUUAACAAUGGUCAUUUGGAUCUGUUUUUCUUCAUGCUAGCAGCUUUGACAUCGGUUGAUCUUGUGAUCUACGUAAUAUGCGCUAAGUGGUAUAAAUAUAUUGAGUUUGAAAGAAUAAAUGGAGCAGAUGGUAAUGGCGAUGAUGGGCAGACAGAAGCGGCGGCUGAGCAUAGCGUUUAAGGUCGCAUACAGUGGCAACCAGGGAUGGAUCAAGUCGGCCGGUGAGGUUACUCGUCCAUAAAAUUUUUAUAAAUUCAUCUUUUAAUAUAGAAUUAUGAGA